AUGGUGGACGACGAGAUAAUCUUCCCGGGCCACAUCGACAUGGGUGACAUGGCGGAUCUCAUGGUCGGCGAGGCUGACCUGGACGGCUUUUCCGACGACGAGCUUGACGUGGACGAAUUGGAACGCCGCAUGUGGAAGGACCGCCUCAAGCUGAAGCGGAUCAAAGACUGCCAGAAGAUUAAGGAUGCUCCAGAGGCUCAGGAGAAUAAGGAGGACGAGGAGGAGGAGGACGACUUUAAACCGCGCCAGAAACAGUCGCAGCAGGAUCAGGCUCGCCGCAAAAAGAUGUCGCGAGCGCACGACGGGAUUCUGAAGUACAUGCUGAAGAUGAUGGAAGUCUGCAAGGCCCAGGGUUUCGUGUACGGUAUAAUCCCGGAGAAGGGCAAGCCGGUGGGCGGAAGCUCUGACAACCUGCGCGCGUGGUGGAAGGACCAGGUGCGCUUCGACCGCAACGGGCCCGCCGCCAUCGCGCGCUACAACGCGGAGCAGGCUGUAGCGGCCGGCAAGAAGGACCACCAGCCCGCAGGCCUGCUACAGCUCACCACGCCAAACACGCUACAAGAGCUUCAGGAUACGACGCUCGGGUCGCUGCUAUCCGCGUUAAUGCAGCAUUGCGAUCCGCCGCAGCGGAGGUAUCCGUUGGAAAAGGGAAACCCCCCUCCGUGGUGGCCGAGCGGGGACGAGGAUUGGUGGCCGCAGCUGGGGAUGCCACGUGGCAGCGGUCGUCCUCCUUAUAAGAAGCCGCACGAUUUGAAAAAGGCGUGGAAGGUCGGGGUGCUGACGUCGGUGAUAAAGCAUUUGUCGCCGGACAUCGCACGGAUUCGCAAGCUCGUGCGACAGAGCAAGUGUUUGCAGGAUAAGAUGACGGCGAGAGAAAGUGCCACGUGGCUCGCUGUGCUGGAUCAGGAGGAGGCGUCGCUGCUGCACGCGCAGGGGAAGCCGCUUCCGCCGGGCGCGGCGGAAUACGACCCCUUCCGCGUCGACCUUCCGCCCUUCGUCUCCGCGAACGGCGGCGUGGGAUGCGGUGACUACCUCGCCGGAGCGCUGCAGGCACUUCAGCAGCAACAGCAGCAGCAGCGAAGCGCUGCAGCGGAAGGGGCGACUGCCGGGAAACCCCCCGCUGUGGGCGCCGCCGGCGUCGGCGGAAAGCCCGCCGCCACCAUGAAAACCGAGCCGCUGUCGUGGAUGCCGGCGGUGACGAAUCACAUCCCCGCAAAUCCUGCCGCCACUGACGCGGCUCCGGGUCAGGCGCCGGGGAAUGCCGAAAAGCUGCUAAUCUUAGGGGACAGCAGUGAUGCUGCUGCUGGGAAUCCCGGAGGCGAUGAUGACGUGGCACCGCCAAUUGAGGCGGUGCUUGCGGGGGUUGAGAUGCUGCCCGAGCACAGAGUUUUCAUGUGCCCGUUCGACCGCUGCCCGCGGCACUUGUGGCGCAACGCGUUUUCCGACCGCGCCUCGCGAAACCUUCACCAAGCGAACUGCGCGUUCCGCCCUAGCGGCAAGGGGGAGGGGGAUUCCGCCGCCGGUACUCCGAAGAAAGCAACGGGCGGAAACGCGCCUGCUCCUGCCACGUCAGCGAUAUCCUCCGCGCCGCCAGCCGCUGCCGCGAAGGCAUCAGGUGGACCGGGCAAGGCUAGAAACGCUUCCGCUGCCGCGUCUGCCGCCGCAUCAGCCGCUGCUGCUGGUAACCCCUCAUCAGCUUCCACCAUGUUCGCAGGAAGCUUCGUCCCGCACAUGCCACGUCAACAUCCAGGCGCACCCGACGGCGGGGCGCCUUUCCUGCCACCCCACCACCUGCGCCACGCGUCCCUGCUCAGGCAGGGAAGCUUCCCAGGAGAUUCCUACCACCCGGGGGGCCCUGGAAACAUGAUGGGCAUGGGCGCAGGUAUGGCUCGAGCUGGCAAUGCUUCUGGUGGUGGUGCUUCUGGUGGGGUUGGGGAGGAGGUGUUUCGGGAAGUGAUGCUGCAAGGACAGGCGAUGCAGCAGCAGAGGAGGAAAGACACAAAGCAGCAACAGCAGCAGCAGCAGCAGCAGGGGUUUUUGGAAGGAAGAGACGACUCUCAGGAGCAGGGAGGGCAGGCAGAGGAGCAAAACGUGGGCAGCAGCAACGCUCGCUCUGCUUCCCUAAACCCCUUGGCUCGAGUCACUGCUGCGUCUCUCCCUCCCUUCCGCCGCAACUACAGCGACCAGAACCUUCCGCUGUGCGCGAUCACUGGUGGUGUUGCCAGUGGCGUGGCUGGUGGUAUGGCAUCAGGUGGCAGGAGCGGCGCAACUGCUGCUGGAGGGGGCAACGGCGCCAGUGCUGCCAGUUCUGGCGGCGGAGUGACAGUUGGGGCGAAGCGGAGGGCGUUAUCCGAUGCGGAGGCUGUUCUCGCCAGCAACCCAGACUUUUUCGCCUCGGUCCUCGAAGAUUCAUCGAAUCUGGACGGUAUGAUUCAUCUAGAGGGCAUGCUGCAUCAGCAGCAGCAACCGAGCUUGGGAUCUCCCCAUGAGACUAUUACGGAUGAUGGGGCAGGUCGGGGAGGAGGUUCGGGCCAAGCCGGAGCAGCAGGUUCGGGGAUGAUUUCAUCUAAUGCUAGUGCCAAUGGUAUUGCAAACGGCAAUGGUACUGCCAGUGGUAAUGGUGGGGACGCUGGUGGGGCAGCCGUGGGGCAGAGCGGAGGGGGUGCAGUGGGGAUGGAGGAGGAUGUGGAUGACAGCUUGUUUGGGUUCAGCUUUGGAGCGAUAGGCAAUCAGGAUCACAUGAGACUGCUGAACAACCUCAUGGAUGAGGAGUUGUGCUACUUCGGUGCGUGA